ACCACAUCAUAUUCCUUAUAAAGUCGUCAUUGAACAAGUUGUUGACCAUCUCAUUCCGAAAAGAAAUCAACAAGACUGGCAUGGUUUCUCCCCUUGGAAGCAAUGGAAGACUUGGUUGCAAGGAAGAGUCAACCACCAGAAAGAAUUGCAGGCUGUAUAUGGAUAAAAGCCGAUUCGGGUUCCUCCUGCUCGUCUGCGUCAUCAUCUCUCUUGGCCUUGUCUCCUUCAUUUCAUGUUUUGUUGCCGAGGUGAAGAAAGCAAAGAGGAAAGAUCUCAAGUGGGACGGGAGAUUGUGUUAUCUGCCAGGCAGUGAAGCGUAUGGAUUAGGAUUUGCAGCGUUGCUCUGUUUCUCUAUUGCUCAGAUCAUUGGAACCCUAGUAAUUGGCAUAAACAUAUGCUGCUCCACAGACAAAAUAAACCACUUCAAGGCUAGAAUACCGGCAGUCGCCACAGCGCUUCUGGUUUUUUCUUGGAGCAGCUUUGGGAUUGGUGUAAUUCUGGUGAGCACAGCAACAAGCAUGAGCAAAACGCAGUCGUAUGGUAAAGGGGGGUGGAGGGGGAAUGCUACCUGGUCAAAGAUGGAGUGUUUAUGGGAUCAGGUUUUCUGGUUCUAAUCUCUAUAGGAACCAUGCUGGGGGCAGUCCAUUUUAUGACAAGAAAAUUACAAGUUGAACCA